UCGCUCAUUCCCAGAUCGGAGCGGUCUCAGCCACGCCUCCGUCCCAGCCUAUAUAAGAAAUCAUUUGAACGAGGGAACAAUUACAGAGAGAAAGAGAGAGAAGGAGAGAGAGAGAAAGUAAGAAGCAGGGAUGACAAGGAACUGUGAAGUGCAGACAGGUUGAAAGACAAUGAAGUUUAAAGUCCUCUUCUAUUUUUGUCUGCUGGGCUGUAUAACGCCAGCCGCCUCCGUUGUUCUGGUGGACCCAGGCUCCUCCACGGACCUGCCCUGUUCUACAACCCUGCCUGAGGGGAUCGUCCCGGGCCUGUUGGAGGUCACGUGGCGUUGGAACCACUCUGUUGUGGCCUCUAAUGUGGAGAACCGUACGGAACCAGGCUACUUUCUGAACGUCUCACAAAUCCUCAACGGCUCCUUUCCCCUGACGCUGCGCAAUGCCACCCUUGGCCUGCAGGGGCAGUAUGAGUGCCAUGUGCUCUAUAAUAGCACUCAGAUUCAUAUCAGUAACGUGGCCUUAGUCAUCAUGGUUCCUCCCUCUCUCUCCGUGCUGUCCUCCGUUCUGUACCUUGGGAAGGAAAGCGUUCUUCAGUGUGAGGCCACAGGUUUCAACCCUCCUCAGAUCUUCUUCCGGUGGACGCAAACUGGACAUGACAUGACAUUACGACCCCCCUCGGUGACCUUUACCCCAGAUGGGCUCUACAGGGCCGUCAGUGGCCUCCCCCUCACCCUAACCCCUCCGGUCAACCCAAAUCUGACCUUUGGGUGUGAGGUCAUCCAUGUGGCCCUGAAGAAGAAGCUUAUGAGGGAGUUUAAACCCAGCCUUAUCUAUCUCCCAAAGGUGUUCGUCUCUGCACUUCCCCCGGCCAAGCGUUCCAGCCCCCUCACCCUCAGCUGUGACAUCACCGGGUUCUCCCCGGAGAACGUGUCGGUUCUGUGGAUCCAGAACGGCUCGGUUCUGCCAGUUCCCCCUCCUACACAGCUCAACCUGGACGGCACGUACCAGACCCGCCGGUUCUACACCCUCACAGAGGAGCAGCGGGACCAGGGAGGCGAGGUCCAGUGUGUGGUCAACCAGCCCCAUGUCACGGAACCUGUCUCCGGUUCCGUUAACCUGACUGUGGCUGACCCGCAGGUGCAGGAGCUGAUUCUGACUAAGUCUGCAAAGGCCUCUGUGGCCAUGAUGAUCAUAUCCCUCACGCUGGUGUUCCUGCUGUGCUUUGGAUUCUCCUGGAGGAAGAGAGAUGAGAAGCAGAAGACUCUGAGCGUGUCCAGCAUCAUCCUGCCCCCGCGGGUGGUGGUGGGGCAGAAGGGCAGGAUCACGGUGAGCAUCGAGGGCAGAAGGGCAGAUAGAGUCCAGACGGCCUGGUUCCUAAACGACAUCCCCAUCACAGACACUACCUGCACAGGACCCCAUCACUCUGGCCGAGCCUCCCGUGUCUCCCGCGUCUCUCUUGUGUCAGCACCUCCUUACAGUGGACGUCUGUCUCGCGUCUCAGUGUCCUCCUUCUCUGAGAAGGGUCCUCUGUUGCCCCUAACUGCCCUGGGGUACUACAAAAUCUCCACCCAGCAGCCCGUCUACUCAUCUUCUGGGGGCAACAAGCAGCUCCUCUCCUCCGUCACCUUCGUCCCCAACCUGUCUGUCCACAAGGGGGCAGUGUUCAAGUGCCAGGUCUCCUACAGGGGCAAAGACAAAGUGGUGGUGGAGAGGGUCUCCAACAAGUUCACGGUGCUCGCUGCUCCAGAAGUGUCCGAGAUUAAGUUGUCUGACAUCAGUGAGAAUACAGACACCACCAUGCUGACGGUGCAGGCCUCCCGGUUCCACCCUGACAUCAUCACGUUCCGCUGGUUCUGCGAGGGCGGGGAGCUGUGCCCGGUGGCGGUGGCCCCAGCGCUGGCGGCGCCACGACCCGAUGCAGAGGGCUACUUCUCGGCCAUGAGCCAGUGCCGACUGCCCCGGGCCGAGCUGGAGAGGGGAGGGACCAGGGUGUGGGUCACCGUGCACCACACGGCCCUCAAACAGCCAAUCACACGUGAGACCAGAGGGUACAUAAAGAAGCCCAGUGUGUCAGAAAUUACCUCAGCCAAUCACAACGGAGCACUGACGUUCAGCUGUGAGGUCACCGGGUUCUACCCACCCGAUGUGUGUGUCACCUGGCUGCAGCUGAAGAAGACGAAGCAGACAAAGACAACGCAACGCAGGCACCAUAAACACCCAGGCGACCACGACGACGACGACGAUGAUGAUGACGAUGAUGAUGAUUAUGAGGAUGAAGACAGAGUGGAGGUCACGGAGGGGAUGCAGGUCUGGGGUCCGCUGCUCACAGAGCCCAGAACGUACCGGGCCACGGCCGUGCUGCGAGAGCCAGGGUCAGAGGUCAAGGGGGCGGAGCCUGUGGAUGCGGUCAUGUGUCGGGUCGACCACUGCUCCCUACAGGCACCUGUGGAGAGACUGUGGAGGAGAGUGCAUGCCGUCCCUCCUGUCAUCCCUUCAUCUCUGACGGUGCACUGGACAGGGGAUGGCAUUGGGGUGUUCUCCCUGCUGCUGAGAGGUGGCAGUGCGUGCACUACGCUCCUGUGGGCAGCAGGAGGCGCCACCAUGUCCUCACUGCACUCCCGAGAGAGCGAGGCCACCGCCGGCGACGGCAGCAGGGAGCUGACCAGCACCUGCGCUGUCCUCCGGUUGUCUGGGCAGCCGAGUCAGGGCAGGGGGACAAGCGUCCACAGUCACACCAACGGACACGCACACAAGCCAAAGCCAAUGUCGGCCAUGUUGGAGUGUGAAGCAGAGGUGGCCUUCAUCGAUGAGGAGGAAGACGAUGGUGUGAGGAGGCCUCAGAGAGCACUGGCGGAGACGAAGAGCAACAGGGAGAGCACGGAAGAGAGAAGAAGAGAGGAGAGAGAGGGGGAGACGGAGGUGAGAAGUGAAGAGAGAGAGGGGGAGACGGAGGUGAGAAGUGAAGAGAGAGAGGGGGAGACGCGGCUGGAUCCUGCCUCCAUCAACACAGUGAGACUGGGGGAGGGAGAAGCACUCCGAGUCAGUGUGGAGAUCACACACCCUGCUCUUAACGCACCAGUUUACCGCACAUGGACAGCUCAAGAAUGAUGCACAACUAGGACUGUUCUGGUGCAGAAGACUUACCUUCAGCUUGAUCGCCCAAACAUCCCACUUCAGGACACGUGCCUUAUGUAGAGGCUCUUUAACUCAAUCAAAACUAUUUCAUGUCAUAUUUAUUUUGUAUUACAGUCUAUCUAUUUAAAAGGACUCAAUCUCCCUCUCUAACUUUUGUGACUAAUGCAACUUUGUACUGUUCAUUAGUAAAGAUUAUUUUGUCAAAUAAAUAUGAUUGUGUGUAUGCUUGAGUCUGUGCGAAUUAAAGUUGAUUUAACAAUUUGCGAUAAAUACCCUCCCUUCUGUAUAAAUAAACAAUAAGCCAUUGUAUGGCUUCCGCUG